UAUAUAUAUUUUUUAAUUUUGUGUUUGUUUGUUUUUUUAGGAUGUUUGUGGCGAUUUAUUUUUUCAAUUUGCGUUGUUGUACUUUUAUAGUUACCAGGUAUGUACAAAAAAAUGUAGUACACCUAUAUCAUGUAUGUGUUUUUGCAACAUCGUGUAUAUAGAUGCAGCCUGUUUCCGCUGGCAGUGUUAAGUCUUGCAUUGUGAUAAUCUCUGUAUAUCCUGAAAGGAAAUGUGUAUUUAACUCAAGUCAAUAGCAAUGCAUGGGUAUAUAUACCUCCUAAUAGUCAAUAGACUGAAAUAUAAACGAACCGGUUGUUCGAUAUUUACUUCCUACACCAUAUACAAACCGACUCCCCUACCAACAAAAUAGUCAGCUAUGGAAGGCCUGGAUCCUAGCAUAGUGGAAUACUCUGGAGCCAGUGAAAAACAAAGAUGUACUUACUGUGCACGCGACGGAAGCCGUUUUCAUGGGAUGUGGUCGGAUUCCUUAAACGUUCAGGAAUACCAAACUUUGCUUGACAGGGGUUGGAGAAGGCGUGGGCAUUUCUUCUAUAAACCAACUAUGGACACGACUUGUUGCCCGCAGUACACCAUUAGGAUGGACGCCAUGAACUUCAAGUUGAGCAAAUCCCAUAAAAAGGUUCUAAAGCAAAUGAACAAGUACCUUAUGUAUGGACAAAGGAAGGGGAAAUCUCAGGAAUCACACGAGGAGAAACCGGAACCGGAACCGGAAAGAAAAGUAGACCAGUGUCCUAUUGAUGGACAGACGGAAGAUUUCACACAUGUUCCAGUUACCAAAUCACCUCCCACAGCAGCAGGCAUGGGUGCUGAUCCUAACAAGCCAGCAAUGAGGAAGGCUAAACAUAUUCGUUUAGAGAAAAGAAGGCAACGGGAGCUGAUGAACAUGCAGAGAUUAUCGGCGGGAGAUGGAUGCAAAACGGCACAGAGGUAUUCUAAGGGUAUUGAAUGUCAGGAGGAUAACAAGGGCUCACUCAGUACCAGUGGCAAGAAAACGCUAUCAGAUUUCAUAUGUGAACCUGACAGAUUCCAGAAAUGUGUUCACAAGUUUGAGGUACGGCUCAUUCGACCGACUCCCAAAAGCAGAGAGUUCUUAGAGACUGAGACAGAAUCCGCCGAGAUAUUUAAACAAUACAGGACGACGAUUCAUAAUUAUCCACCAGACGAGUCUGAAAGAAAUGAAUGGCUGAACUAUCUAGUACAUUCGCCACUCAAGCAAGGGAGGGGAAAGGAAGGGCCGUCAAUGGGAUAUGGGACAUUCCAUCAACAUUACAUCCUGGACGGUAAACUCAUCGCUGUAGGGGUCCUUGACAUCCUCCCUUAUUGCGUCUUAUCGGUGUACCUGUACUAUCUCCCUGAGUACAGGUUUCUGUCUAUUGGAACGUAUACAGCCCUCAGGGAAAUUGCCUUUGUACAAGAGCUCAACAAGACAUCCCCUGACCUCAGGUAUUACUACAUGGGCUACUACGUACACUCAUGUUCCAAAAUAACGUACAAGAGUCAUUACUCUCCAUCUUUCCUGUUAUGUCCGGAGACUUAUACAUGGAUUCCUGUUUCUGGGUGUAUACCAAAACUAGGCAUCAGGGAAUACAGUAGACUGGCAACAGAAGGAGUGGAGGAUAGUGACAGACAACAGGAGGUCGACAACAUUCCUGUACUGUUCUGUGGACAAAUAAUGACUUUUGGAAACUACACAACUCUUCACGAGAAAACUCCGGAUGUUACAGACGUCAUGGAAUAUGGCUUUUUAGUUGGAAGCAGAUGUGUACAGAAGCUGCUUUUAGUUAGAAAAUAAAUUUGCUUAAAUAUAAAUAUUUGUCCCAGAUUUUUUUUUUCAAAGGAUAUCUGACAUACUUU